CGGUUCCAGAUCGACGCCGACGGCUGAGAUACUAACGAUCAGCGCGGGUUUUACUCAUUUCCAAUCGAUCGAUCGACGCCAAAGUGGAGCAAUAAAAUCGGAAGUCUUGGGAAAUCGUUAGAUACUAUAUCUGUAUUUGUGUAGCGAAAGAAAAGACCUCCUCCUCGACAUGAGUGGCGUGCUUCGUCGCGGUUCCCUGAAUUUCGACUGCGUGGGCGGACCGCGGGACAAGGGCAGGGGCAGCCUGGAGGCGAACCUCUAUGGCGGAUAUCGCGAGACAAGGCCGGGCCCAAAGACCCCGGAAAUCAGUGUCAUAGCAUUGGAUUUUCGUCGCUACUCCGAGGACCUGAAGAAGCCCUCGCCGGAGGAGCCGCCACCAGGCAGGGACCUCAGCCAGGAUACCGACAGCGAUGUGAUAUCCAAUUUCCUGGGCCACUACACCCGCUGGAGCUUCCUGUGGACCCUGCUGCUCUGCCUGUUCCAGCUGCCCACCACUUUCCACCUGUUCAUGUUUGUCUUCCAGAUUGCCCCCAAAGAUUUUUGGUGCGCCCGUCCGGACAACCUCCUGCAGAUGAGUGUCUCCGAGUGGCGUAACAUCAGCCAGUCCUCAGAUGGUUGCCUGGUGCUCGAUAUGGACUUCUCUCAGGUGACCUACGAGGACAGUCAGCUGGUGAACUGGCCGGCAAAUGCCACAAAAUUGGGAUACCGCCAGUGCCGGCACUUUGAGUUCUCCGACGAGGAGGGAUCCGCCAAGACUCUGGUCCAGGAGUUCGAGCUGGUGUGCGGUCGGGACAUCCUCAGCCUGGUGGAAACCUGCUUCCUGGUGGGCGCUGCGGCGGGAGCGGUGCUCAGUGGAUGGAUAUCCGACCGCUUCGGCAGAAGGCACACGCUGAUGGCUUUCGUCACUAUCCAAAGCGUUUUCGGUGGAAUUUUGGCCUUCUCAACAUCGGUGGCCAUGUUCAUGUCGCUACGUGUUAUAAUUGGAUUCGCAUCAAUGACCGUGACUGUUGUGAGCUUCGUGCUGGUGGUGGAGCUGGUCUCCGGCAAGUGGCGGACCGUAAUCGGCAUUCUCAACAUUCUGCCCGUGGCCAUCUCGUACGUCCUCUCCGCCGGACUGGCCUACCUCAUCCGCGACUGGCGGCACCUGCAGCUGGCCAUCUCCUUUCCCUGGCUAAUCAUGCUCAGCAUUUGGUUCUGGUUGCCGGAGUCGCCCCGCUGGCUCUUGGCCCAGGGUCGGUUGGAUGAGUUGUGCGCGCUAAUUGAGCGAGCGGCCCGAAUGAACGGCACCAGCGCCACUUUGCCCAGUAACUAUCGCAAGACCCUGGAGGCGGCGGUUCCGCGGGCGGUCCAAUCCCCGCCAGAAGCAGCGAGCAGCGAAGAGGUGAAGGCGGCCGAGGCGGAUGCAGCGGAAUCAAGCCAUGUGAAUCCCCUGCUGGUGGUGUUCAGCGCCAAGUACUGGCGCACCACUUGCCUCACUCUGGUCAUCUGGCUCACCCUAAUCAUCAUCUACUUUGGUCUGACACUGCACCUCAACAAUUUGGGUGGGAAUAUCUAUAUCAACAGUGCCGUGGCGGGAACCGUGGAGGCCAUUUCCAUCUGCAUCAGCAUACUGGUGGUUUUGAAGGUUGGCAUUCGACGAAGUCUCAUUGGCUACAUGCUGCUGCCGGGGCUCUGCUGUCUGGCCACUAAUCUAGUGCCCAAUCAAACUGGUGUUAUAGCACUGGCCACCAUAGCCAAGUGCCUCAUUGGAGCCAACAACGCCAUCAUUCCCACCUACACUGCAAUGCAAUAUCCCACAAUCGUGCGCAACUUUGGCGUUGGCAUGGGCAACCUGGCCUCGGGCGUGGCCCUGAUCCUGGUGCCCUUCCUCUGGCAACUGGAGCACAUUGAUCCCCUGCUGCCCCUGAAUGUCAUGGGUGUUUGUGGUCUGAUUGGCGCCAUUGCCAUCAGCCUUAUGAAGGAUGUGGUAUAACCAGGCUAGGGUAUAGGACUUGGUUUUCCUUAGAAGAUCUAGAGCUGACUUUCCGUUGUUGACAUGCCUAACUGUGAUAUAUAUUGGACCUUUGGAGGGACACUGAGCACCCGCACUAAAUCGUUUUUCUCAUUCUACCAUUAACUACGAUUUUAUUUUAUUGAUAUGAUUUUAUUUAUACUUUGAUUGCAUUAAAAACGCAGUAUUUUUAUGAUGUGCAAAUA